GGGCCGGGAGGCGCCGCCGUGUCAGUGAGCAGCUGCCGCCGCUGCAGUGCCCGCAGCCGGGGAACGGGGCCGCCCCUCGGGCGAGCGAGCGGCUCCUCGGCGGAGGGGAGGCUGUGGCGGCGCGGCGGGGCGGGUAAAUGGAUCGCCAUUCCAGCUACAUCUUCGUCUGGCUGCAACUGGAGCUGUGCGCCAUGGCCGUGCUGCUCACUAGAGGUGAAAUCAGAUGCUACUGUGAUGCUGCACACUGUGUUGCAACUGGUUAUAUGUGCAAAUCUGAGCUUAGCGCCUGCUUUUCCAGACUGCUUGAUCCUCAGAAUACACAUUCCCCACUUACUCACGGCUGCUUGGACUCUAUUGCAAGCACAGCUGAUAUCUGCCAAGCUAAACAGGCACAAAACCACUCUGGCACCACCAUGUCCACAUUGGAAUGCUGCCAUGAAGAUAUGUGCAAUUACAGAGGACUACAUGAUGUUUUGUCUCCUCCCAGGGGUGAGACUUCAGGACAAGGGAGCAGAUAUCAACAUGACAGCAAGAAUCUCAUCACCAAGGUGCAGGAACUGACCUCUUCAAAAGAAUUAUGGUUCAGGGCAGCUGUGAUUGCUGUUCCUAUAGCUGGUGGGCUGAUCUUGGUGCUCCUUAUCAUGCUGGCCUUGCGGAUGCUCAGGAGUGAAAAUAAGAGACUGCAAGACCAACGGCAGCAAAUGCUCUCCCGUUUGCACUAUAGUUUUCAUGGACAUCAUUCGAAAAAAGGGCAGGUGGCAAAAUUGGACUUGGAAUGCAUGGUGCCUGUAACUGGUCAUGAGAACUGCUGCAUGACCUGUGAUAAAAUGAGACAUUCAGACCUCAGCAAUGAUAAGAUUCUUUCGCUAGUCCACUGGGGAAUGUACAGCGGACAUGGGAAGCUGGAAUUUGUAUGACCAAUUAUUUUUUAAUCUGAGCUAAACUUACUCUCUGAACUCUUGAAGGCCUUUGGGUUCUGCUGGACAGGAGCACUUUAUCUUGAAACAAAAACUCACAGAUCAUCUGAGAAACAAAGGACCUCUGCAAACAGAAUCUUGGAUAUUUCUUCUGAAGGAUUCCAAAAGUUGUCUUAUUUGCACAGAGUAAAAUACACUCAAAUGUAUUGUUUGCUUUAAUGUUAUGAAAGCAAAAAUUAGAAGUUGUAAACACUGUCACCAGGGUUAUCUGAACUGUAGGGAGCUGAGAAUUGAGUUAUAAUAAACUGUAUGCAAGCUCCUAUGUUUCCUGACUUAUUGUAAAGAUUUUUUUAAAUAUAUAUAUUUUGUCUGAAA